AUUUCCGCUUCCGGUUCGCCUCAGAAAUCAUGGCGGCCGCCAGAAGGUUGAGGCCUGUUUUGUGGCUGGGAAGAUGGAGCUGCCAGCCUGCAGGAAUCCCGUUGUCCCGGGCACUUGCUGACCUUAUUCCCAGAGCGUCCCAGGAGAAUGAUAUAUUAAAUUUCCUGGGGAACAGACCACAUCGUAAGCACCCAGGCAUCUUACAGUUGCCCCAAGUGCAGCUACCACAGGCCCUGGUCACUGCAGCCCAACAACUCGUGCAGGAAAGCUCUAUACCCAACAUAGAGGAGCAGGUUCAGACACUCACCAACUACCUGUGGAGUCGGAAGCUUCCUACAGAACCUGAGGAGCUGCGCAAAAAAGCAAUACAGCUGAAAAAUAAACUCCAGGAUACAGAGUCAAUACAGUCAGAGAAACAGCUUCGUGGAGCUGUGUUGAGUGCCCUACGCAAAACUACCUACCACUGGCAAAAACUGAGUUAUGACGAAAGGCUGAGCUUGGUGUACAUGGCAGCACGACUAGAUGGUGUCUUUGCAGCUAUAUCCAGAGCUUUCCAUGAGAUCCAAGCUCGUGUUCCAGACUUUAAGCCACAAACUUUAAUGGAUUUUGGCUCAGGUACCGGUGCUGUUACUUGGGCUGCUUAUAGUACCUGGGGCCAGAGCCUUCGUGAAUAUUUGUGUGUGGACAGCUCAGCUGCCAUGUUGGCCUUGGCAGAAAGGCUUCUGAAAGGUGGCUUAGAUUCUGGGAAACCCCAUGUUCCAGGAGUCUUUUUUAGACAGUUUCUCCCAGUCUCACCAAAGAUACAAUUUGAUGUGGUAGUGUCUGCUUUCUCUGUAAGUGAGUUACCCAGCAUGGCUGAUCGAACCGAAGUCAUCCAAACUUUAUGGCGUAAGACAGGCCAGUUCCUGGUUUUGGUGGAGAAUGGAACAAAAACUGGACAUCAUCUCCUCAUGGAGGCUAGGGACCUCGUCCUUAGAGGACCAGAGAAAUCUCCCUUAGACUGUCGACCUGGACAUGUCUUCGCUCCAUGCCCUCAUGAACUUCCCUGCCCCAAGGUAUCUGCUUCCCAGCCCCAGGCCUGCAGCUUCUCCCAAGUAUACAGCACCAUCCCUUUUAGUUGGAAUCAUAGUCAUAAGGAAGAGAAGUUCUCUCUGGUGAUCCUAAGCCGGGGCCUUCACAGGGAGGAUCAUCAUUGGGCCCGUCUCACCCAGCCUGUCCUUAAACGGCCACGCCAUGUGCAUUGCCACUUGUGCUGCCCAGAUGGGCAUGUCCGACAUGUUGUGGUUACUGCCCGACGACAUGGCAGACACUUAUAUCGCUGUGCUCGUGCUAGUGCCUGGGGAGAUCGCUUGCCUUUGACCACUUCAUCUGAGUCUCCUCCAUCCCCUAUUCAAGAUCCUUCUGACAACUGACAAGAGAUCUUAGAAGUAUUUGGCUGACACCUUCCAGUUUUUGCCAUCCUUGCCAAAAAUGAAGCAUCCAGGGAUGGAUGAUAGGGGUACCAAGUACCCUCUGACUUUUGAAUUGAAUAAAAUUUUUUUAAUAGAAAAAAA